GGUGGGAAAGAAACCGAGGGAGUGGCUUUGGAUGCUGAAUGAUGAGAAUAUCAUACAAUAUUCCUGGGCAGUUUGCUCCCGAGUCCUGAGUCAAGUGUGAGGAAUCCAAGACUUUUUUGUUGCAGGAAUGUGAAUACACGAACUCAAUGAAGGAUUUACACUGAAAAUAACCCACUGGUGGUGGUGGUGGAGGGAAGCAGGUGGCCAUAACCUGAACACUGUACUUAAGAUUUAAAAAGGAUUUGGCUUCUGGCUGCUGCUGGUCUGUUUAUCCCACAGACUUGGCAGGCGCAGGACACUUCCCAAAUGUUGGGGUUGAUGAAAGUUGUGGCUGGCCAGCUGCCAGCUCUCGAGGCUAUCAACUGGCUCUCAAACUGUGGAUGCUAAUUAGCACUUUCCUUCUGUAAAAAUUUAUGUUGCAAAGUCAUGGGAAUCAGGGCUCUUUGCACUCUGUGUUUGUACAGCCCCUGACACGACCAGAUCGUGCUCAUGAUGGAGGUCUUGGACACCACUGCAGUAUGGAAAUAUAUUAUAAAAACCUUUUUCUCCUUCAUAGGUAACUGAUCUUCACAGAAUUGCUCUUAUGGUCUGGGAGGUCUUCACAACCCCAAGACUAAGGAAAUUUUGCGAAUCACUGCUCUUAAGGCACUUAAGAAGCCUUGUGAAUCACCGCUGCUGAACACGCCCCGCACGGCAUCAGCGCCUUUGGAGGAAAGCUGCGGAUGAGGACUCUAAGCUGAGUCCUUUAUUUUGGCGUUGAUGCUCUGCGAGCGGGAGACUUCGGGAGACGCGGUCCUCACCUGAGCGAUCCAGCCCCCAUUCCCCCGUUUGAAGGCUGUUAAUGGAGAAGAGGGCGGAUGACAGCCGGGACUGUGGUCAUCACAGGUGGAAUAUUAGCAACUGUUAUUUUGCUAUGUAUCAUCGCCGUCCUCUGCUACUGUAGGCUCCAGUAUUACUGCUGCAAGAAGGAUGAGUCCGAGGAGGAUGAGGAGGAGCCCGACUUCGCCGUGCACUCCCACAUCCCGCCGCUCCACUGCAACCGCAACGUAGUGCUGACCAACGGCCCGUCCCUCUACGCCUCGUCCCCCUUCAGCAAGAAGGCGACCCCGAGCAGGUCCAGCUGCCCCGGCUGCGGCCCCUACGAGCCCCCCACCUUCUUCCUCCAGGAGCCCCCCGAGGAGCUGCACAACGGCGGCGACCGGGUGAGCUACAAGACGGUGAGCCAGGAGGACCUGGCCCUGCCGGUGAGCGUGUCCAACCUGCAGGCUCUCAACCCCAACCGGCUCUCGGCCAUGCGGGAGGCCUUCUCCCGCAGCCGCAGCAUCAGCACCGACGUGUGAGGGGCUG